AUGGAGCAAUUUAAGAAGGUACAAAUUAAUAUUCCUUUGCUUGAGGCUAUUAAACAAAUCCCUUCAUAUGCAAAGUUUUUGAAGGAUAUUUGCACCAACAAAAGGAGGUUUGAAGCGCAUGAAAAAGUGAUGUUAUCCGACAAUGUGAGCGCUGUACUUCAAAGAAAGUUGCCACCUAAGCUUCAGGAUCCUGGGAGCUUUACAAUCCCCUGUAUCAUUGGAGAGAGAAAGUUCGACAAAGCUUUGUUGAUUUAG